AUGAAGACUACUUCAGACCACUGCGUGUUCGUGAAGAAAUUUCCUGAUGGAGAUUUCAUCAUACUUUUGCUCUAUGUGGAUGAUAUGCUAAUUGCUGGGCAGAACGUCUCAAAGAUCAAUGAUUUGAAGAAGGAGUUGAGCAAGUCUUUUGCCAUGAAAGACUUGGGACCAGCAAAGCAAAUUCUUGGCGUGAGGAUCGUUCGAGAUCGAGGUGCCAAGAAGAUAUGGUUGUCACAAGAGAAGUACAUUGAUAAAGUGCUUCAACGUUUCAACAUGGAUAAUGCUAAGGCGGUUAGCUGUCCUCUUGCUAACCACUUUACAUUGACAUCCAAACAGAGCCCGUCUACUGAGAAGGAAAAGGCGGAGAUGGAUAAAAUUCCAUAUGCUUCAGCAGUGGGAAGUUUGAUGUACGCCAUGGUGUGUACAAGGCCAGAUAUUGCUCAUGCAGUUGGAGUUGUCAGUCGGUUUCUUUCCAAACCAGGAAAGGAACAUUGGGAAGCUGUGAAGUGGAUCCUCAGAUACCUUCGAGGUAGCUCCAAAAUGAGUCUAUGUUUUGGAGAUGGUGAACCUGUCCUUGUUGGCUAUACAGAUGCUGACAUGGCAGGUGAUGUUGAUUCGAGGAGGUCCACUUCUGGGUACCUGAUUACCUUAUCAGGGGGAGCAAUAUCGUGGCAGUCAAGGCUACAAAAGUGUGUAGCUCUUUCCACAACAGAAGCUGAGUAUAUAGCAGUAACGGAAGCAUGCAAGGAGAUGAUAUGGAUGAAGAAGUUCCUGAAUGAACUUGGGUUCCUACAGGAACAACCGCAGCUGUUCUGUGACAGUCAGAGUGCUAUUCAUCUUGCUAAGAAUGCUUCAUUUCAUGCUCGAUCAAAACAUAUCGAUGUUCGAUAUCACUGGAUUCGUGAUGUACUUGAAAUGAAGCAACUACAACUGGAGAAGAUCCAUACUGACGAAAAUGGAUCUGACAUGUGUACCAAGACUCUUCCAAGAGAAAAGUUUGAGUUCUGUCGAUCAGCUGCAGGAAUAAUGAAGUCGCCCAUGUAG